AUGGAAUUACUGACGACCAAGAGAACGGAGUCAUGCAGGUGGGUAAGAGAAGAAGAGGCGACAGCCAUGGUGAGAUCUGUGUGGGAAGGAAGUGAGAAGGGCAUGCGUUCCGUCGAACUGCGGAAUCUCAUCUCCACCGUCUCACUCAACACUAUCUGCAGAAUGUUUGCAGGCAGAAGAUACUCCGAACUGAGGGGAGGCGAAUCGUUUUUAGAGAUAAUGACUGAAAUUAUGCAUCUGUUGGGAGUAAUUAUUGUGGGGGACUGCAUUCCCUCUCUUUCCUUUCUUGAUUUGCAAGGCUACCACCGCCAUAUGAAGGCCGUUCAUAAAGCAUACAAUGCGUUUGCCGAGAAGCUGAUCGAUGAGCGCGCUGAGCUGAGGAGGAGGAGGAGUAAAAGGUCGGACAAUCCGGACCUUUUGGACGUGAUGCUGGACAUGGGUCAGAGCGAAAGUCCCAAGAUUCAAGUCUCUCGCCUUUCAAUCAAAGCAAUCAUCUUGGAUAUGCUACUUGCUGGAGUAGACACAUCUCUUAUAACUACAGAAUGGGCGAUGACUGAGCUGCUGAGAAACCCUAAAGUAAUGGCAAGGGCGCAACAAGAGAUUGAAUUGCAGGUUGGGAGAGAUUGCAUUGUAAGGGAGAGUGAUCUUGUAAACUUAGAUUACUUACGGUGUGUGAUGAAGGAAACAUUUCGAUUACAUCCAGUAGGGGCCUUUAUGGUGCCACAGGAAUCCACAGAGGGUUGCAAUGUGGGAGUAUAUGACAUUCCACCAAAAACAAGGUUGCUUGUGAAUGUUUGGGCAAUGGGAAGGGAUGAUUGUAUUUGGAAAGAUCCUUUAGAAUUCAAGCCUGAAAGAUUUAUUGGGUCAAGCAUAGAUCUGAAAGGCCAACACUUUGAAUUGUUGCCAUUCAGAGCAGGGAGGAGGGGAUGCCCCGGAAUGUCCAUGGGGAGUUCCGUUGUUCACUUGGCUGUGGCUCAGCUCAUACAUUGCUUUGAGUGGAGUGUGAAGGGUGAGGUGAAUAGGGAAGAAGAGUUUGGUAUGAGUUUCCUCUUUCUGCUCUCACCACUGAAGGGCCACCAUAGCCUUGGAUAG